GCAUGGUCAUUGCUUCGCACCGUUCAAAUGAUGCACCGGUUGUCUGCGCGAGUCGUUGCGCAUUCUAGGAACAUCUUGCUUCAUGGUGGCAUUCACCACCCCAGUCGUGUGUUGUCGACGCAUGCGUUUCGAUCACAUACUUGCGGUGAGCUGCGUGAUGUCGACGUAGGAAAAACGAUCAAACUGUCUGGGUGGGUGGAUGCGGUUCGGUCUUUUGGCCCAAUGACGUUUGUAUCGCUUCGUGAUCGUCAUGGCACGACACAGCUGGUGUUCGGCAAGGACAACCACGUCGCCAGCGCCAAUUUGCUCAAGCCAGAAACUGUGAUCCGUGUCACAGGCCAGGUUCGUGGCCGCCCCAGUGAUAUGAUCAACGCGAACAUGGAUACUGGUGCAGUGGAAGUGGUUGUGGACUCUGUCGACACACUCAAUCAAACUGCUCCGCUGCCAUUGCAGGUAUCCUCUGGUUCGGAAGUGGCCAACGAAGAGACGCGGCUGCGCCAUCGAUACCUGGACUUGCGUCGCCCGGCGUUGCAGCGAAACCUCGUGCUGCGGUCGAACGUAUCGAUGACGGCGCGAAACUACUUGUGUGACCACGGCUUUCUUGAAAUUGAAACGCCGACACUGUUCAAGAGCACUCCGGAAGGCGCCCGGGAGUUUCUGGUGCCAACUCGCAACAAGAACCAAUUUUACGCCCUCACUCAAAGCCCCCAACAGUAUAAACAAUUGCUCAUGGUGGGCGGGUUGGACCGGUACUUUCAAUUGGCGCGAUGCUACCGUGACGAAGGAGGUCGUGCCGAUCGCCAGCCGGAAUUCACGCAGAUCGAUUUGGAAAUGUCGUUUGUGACUCAAAAAGACAUUAUGGACGUGAUCGAGGGAAUGGUGAAAGCCAUUUGGAUGUGUGCGAAUGUGUCGUUGGACGAUGCGUUUCCCAUCAUGAGCUACGCCGAAGCGAUGGAUCGAUUCGGGGUCGACAAACCCGACACGCGCUUUGGUAUUGAAAUGAAGGACUUGUCCAGCAUUCUUCCUGCCAACCUCUUUGGCUCGACCAACUCAACGGACGUGGUUCGCGCCAUCAACGUCAAGCAACUGGCCAAGGGCGGGUUUUCUCGCAAAGAUAUUUCGGAACUGGAAGCCCUCUCGAAGCGACUGUCGGUGGAUGGUCGUGGCGUGUACGCGGUCAAGAUAGAGGACAACAAAACGUGGAAAUCGUCGCUGGCCAAGAAACUGUCCCCCGAGCAGCUGAAUCAAGUGAACGGACUAUUGGGUGUCGAAGACGAUGAUGUAUUGUUGCUCGCGGGUGGUUCGUAUGCGUCUACGUGCACUCUGUUGGGUCGCAUGCGCUUGCAAGCUUCGCAGCUUCUCUAUGCCAAGGGACACUUGCAAGAAGAGCUGAACCCGUUCAACUACAACCACUUGUGGGUUGUGGACUUUCCCAUGUUUGAAAUGGACAACGAUGGCAUUGGGUUGUCGGCGACGCAUCACCCGUUCACGGCCCCGUGCGAGGAAGACCUCCCCAAGUUGCGAGCCCUUUUGGCCACUGGGAAGAAUGCGUGGGAAGAACCGGCCAUGCAAAACGAAUUGUUGAAGAUAAAAGCGCAGCACAUGGAUCUUGUAUGCAACGGAUGGGAGCUUGGAGGUGGGUCGAUUCGUUUACACUCGAUGGAGCUGCAGCAGUCAGUGCUCCAACAAGUGCUCAACUUGCCUGAAAUCCAAAAGAAGAGCUUUGAACAUUUGCUCCAUGCGCUGGGCCACGGCGCCCCUCCCCACGGUGGAAUAGCGUUGGGAUUGGAUCGACUCAUCGCUAUCUUAUGCGGAGCUCCAAGCUUGCGCGAUGUGAUUGCAUUCCCCAAGUCCACCACGGGUAACGAGCUCAUGACUGGCUCGCCAGGUCCCGUGACCGCCGACCAAUUGAGCGAGUACCACAUUAGCGUAGCCAAGAGCGAUGCAUAGAUGUCACCUGCGCAAUUGUGACCGAGGCAAGACGAAGUAAAGGUCAUGACCAUGUUGCCCUUGUAUGCUCCUAGAGCGAUCUAUCCGGAUAUCCGGAUACAGUAAUUGGUGUAAUAUGUGCAUUGGAUUGGUCAAAAUGCAUAGGGGU